AUGCGGCUGCUCCCGGAAUGGUUCUUCUUGCUCUUUGGCCCGUGGCUCCUCAGGAAGGCUGUCGGUGGCCAGAUAGCGGAGUCUGGAAGAUCGCAGUACCUGGAGCUGCGCUCCGCCCCGUCCGGAGGGGGCGCCCCUGGCCACCGCCUUCCAGCGCCCCGCGCUCCCGAGGGCCUGGGCACCGCGCGCGCCUGGACCUGGGCCUGGCCCGCUAACCACACGGGGGCGCUGGCCAAGGCAGGGACGGCGGGGGAGCUGCCGGCGCAGCGCACCAAGAGGAAGCCGUCCAUCAAGGCCGCCCGCGCCAAAAAGAUCUUCGGUUGGGGGGACUUUUACUUUCGGGUGCAUACCCUCAAGUUCUCGCUGCUGGUGACCGGCAAGAUCGUGGAUCACGUGAACGGCACCUUCAGUGUGUAUUUCCGUCACAAUUCCUCCAGCCUGGGCAACCUCAGUGUCAGUAUCGUGCCGCCCUCCAAGCGGGUGGAGUUCGGGGGCGUGUGGCUGCCCGGGCCUGCCCCCCACCCUCUGCAAUCUACGCUGGCCCUGGAGGGAGUUCUACCUGGGCUGGGACCCCCUUUGGGGAUGGCGGCCGCGGCGACGGGGCCGGGGCUUGGGGGUACUCUUGGGGGGGCACUGGCAGGUUCGCUCGGGGGCGCACUGGGAGUGCCCGGGGCCAAAGAAUCCCGAGCUUUCAAUUGCCACGUGGAGUAUGAGAAGACAAACCGAGCCCGCAAGCACCGCCCGUGCCUGUACGACCCGUCUCAGGUGUGCUUCACGGAGCACACUCAGAGCCAGGCCGCCUGGCUCUGUGCCAAACCCUUCAAAGUCAUCUGUAUCUUCGUCUCCUUCCUCAGCUUUGACUACAAACUGGUGCAGAAGGUGUGCCCAGACUAUAACUUCCAGAGCGAGCACCCCUACUUUGGAUAGCGCCCCUUGCCCAGGCCCUGAGCUUUCCCCCACCAGAUCCCCACCUCACUAGGUGGGGCCCCUCCCUGUUACCCCAUCGCCCCUGUGGCUUGUGUCCACUCCUUCGGUUUGGCGGAAGGGCACAGACCUCCUGGGACUCUCAGCCCAGGUGGUUCCCCUUUUCCUUAUGGGGAGUGCCCAAGAAGCUGGGAUAGUCCUCCCAGGAAAGAGUGCAGCCCCAGAGUAGACGAGGCUUGGAGGCUGUCCCAAGGUAAUCUAUGUCCACACUGGAUCCCUUUUUUGUGCCCAAUGCUGGGCAGGGCAUUCCCUUUGCCCUCAGCUUUAAUGAUGCCUGGCCCUGGUACCCUUAUCCUGCUCUGACUUUCUCUUCCCUUCCCCAAGUGCUUACCCCGCUCCUCCUGCUCCCCUCAUAAAGACUGCGAAGGCCUAAAAGCAUC